AUGGAUUUCGGGCUUAAUAUGCUCCGGAAUGCGCCCGUCAACGACUCACUAGUCGUGUCGCCAAUCUCCGUGAUUUUCGCUUUGGCGAUGGUGCGAGCGGGUGCGAAAGGCUCUACGAAAUCUCAAAUUGAUUCCGUCAUCUCUAAAGGAGACAGCGACAUCGAGGAGCAUUAUUCAAAGCUCUCCAGUCAGAUAAUGAAUGCAAGUCAUGGUGUGAAGAGCCGAAUAGCUAAUGGAUUUUUCUUAGACAAUCAGUUCCAAGUCAAAAGGACUAUGAGCAAGCUGUCAGAAAGAAGUACGGCGCUAAAGUAG